CAUCUAGUAAUUUAUUUAUGCAAACUAGAAAUUGGGAAAGCAAGAAACUACUAUUAGAAAAUCUAAAUCGAAAAAAGGAAUUAAGUAAAUGGAUUAUAAAGUAUAUUUAUAAGAUAAACAAAAAAGUGUCCAGUAGGUAUCGGAAACUAAUCGAAAUUUUUUCUCUAAUUUUUCAACCUUCUAUGAACAAUAUCAAGAUAAGCAAAUUCCAUCUAUAGAGUAUUAAGCUUAUAUAUUUAGAUUUUUAUAAGAAUAAUUCCAUAUACAAGAACUUUUUACAAAUCAAUAAAUAUAUGAGUUGUAAGAAGAAUUGUCAAAAUAAUGGAUUAUAAGAGUAAAAAAAAAUUGGACUGAUGAAGAUAAAUAAAUAUUAAUAUGGAUUGUAUUGAAAAUCUGUUCAAGAGAUGGAAUUCAUAUUAGAAAAAUUGUAUAACAUUUGUUUAUGAGCAUAGCCAACUUAAGUAUGGGAAGAAGUAGUACAAUUAAUAAGUAGAAGGACUGUUGAGUAAUGUAAGAAUAAAUGGAAUGAUCUAUUGAAGUUAUCUUUGUAACAAAUACCUUGGACAUAAGAAUAAGAUGAAUAUUUAAUAUAAUUGAUUAAGUAAAACAAUUAUAAUCUUUUAGUUAAAGCAAAGAGGAAGGAAUGUAAAAUAAAUGGUGUAAUUUAGCAAACUUGUUAAAUUUGUAAUUCAAAGAUUCUCCAAGAACAGGAAAAUAAUGUAGAGAAAGAUGGAAUAAUCAUCUUAAUCCUGAUAUCAAUAGACAUCCCUGGAGUAUUGAAGAAGAUAUUGAAUUAUUAGAAUUAGUUAAAAAAAAACAAAAGAAAUGGGCAUUCAUAUCUAAAAUUUUAAAAUCAAAAAGAAGUGAAAAUGCUGUCAAGAAUCGUUAUAAUUGCUUAUUGAAAAAAAAUAACUGUUCAUAAAUUAAUACUUUAAUUGAUAUUUUGAAAAAAAGAUAUUAAUCUGAAAAUCCAUCUCUCCCUUUGUAAACACUUAAGAGAAAUAAAAUUAUUCAUGCCAAUUAAAGUACAAAUUUUAAUUUAAUUUUAAUUAAGCUUUAACACCAUAAACACAAAAAGUUAUUAAAACUAAUGAGUAUACCAUCUAAUCAUUUGAUUUAGCUGAUGGAAAUUAACUUAAAUAACUAGUUCCUGCUUUUUAUGAUUCUAAAACUUAAACUUUAUUUAUAAGCAAUAAAAAUCAACUCAUCUCUUUUUUAAGUAAUCAAAUGAUUAAAAUUGAAAGUGAAUGCAAUAUAUAAAAUUUUGAUCAAAACAAUUAAUAACAUGAAUUCUCUAAUCAAAUGAGUGGGUUAUUAAAUUUGGUAGAUUCAACAAACUUUGCUAAAUAUGUACCUGGUGUUUUUGCAAACUAAUAGCAACCUAAUUAAUAAGAAAAAAAGUAUUUUUAAUAUUUAAUUUAAUUCAAGAUCAUAAUUCAAUAUUCCAGGUGUACAAAUAGAAUAAGCUAAUUCAGAAAAACUAAUUGAAAAUAAACUUCGUAGCACUUUCUCAUUUUUUUCUUCAAAAUUAAAUGAUACUCUAUUAAAUUCCAAAGCUAGAAGUUCUAUUGAGUAAGAAGAUAAUAAUCAUUCAAAAAUAAGCAGUUUUAAAUGA